AUGGCGGGUCCGAGGCUUGAACGCGAAAAAAGCAAACUCCGGCCACCGCAAAGCCAAGAAUGGUCAAAUUGGAAGAAAGCCAUGGUACCCGUGGUAACAAAUGGAUACACCAAAAACCGUGGGAGAAAUCAAGAAGGAUUCAUUUGGAAAAGUAUAUUGGAGGAAGGUACCAUACCCAGUGAUCUCUGUGGAAUUUAUGAAUGGCGAACUAUUCGACAGGGCCAGCCAAAGCGAGUUGUCUAUGUUGAAAGUACAUGUACCCGCGGCCGUCGUGGACCAUUCCAUAGGUUGCAGAACAGAAUUCUUGGCUACUGCUCGACCGGUAACCAAAAAACAGCUUUGAUAAAUGACGCAUUAAGAAGAGGAUAUAAAUUGGACGUCCGUUACAAGGUAGCCAACGACGAGGAGGAUGCUAAAACUCAGGAGAACGAACUGCUGGAAAAGUAUAAUUACGCUUGGAAUAUAAGGAACAAUGGCUUGAGAGCUAUACUACCGUAG